GGCCACCGUAGCGGGAUCGGCGGAGGCCCCGCGGCGGCCGAUGGUCCGCGUUGUGCCGCCGCCCCCCGCCCCGACCCGGCAGCGGCCGCAGAUGGCGCGGCGGGGACCGGGCAGGCGGGGCGGGAGGUCACCGGCACCGCCGCCGCCCCCGCUGCUGGCGCUGCUGCUGCUGUUGGUGCUGGGCCCCGCCGCGGCCGCCGGCGAGGAGGUGGCGGUCUCCAAGGAAUGCGACAAGCCGUGCGCCAACGGCGGGCGGUGCCAGCCGGGCACCGGGCAGUGCGAGUGCCAGCCUGGCUGGGUGGGCGACCAGUGCCAGCACUGCGGGGGGCGCUUCAGACUCACUGAACCUUCAGGGUAUGUCACAGAUGGGCCUGGAAAUUAUAAAUACAAGACAAAAUGCACCUGGCUCAUUGAAGGAAGACCAAACACAAUCCUCAGGCUUCGAUUCAAUCACUUUGCCACAGAGUGCAGCUGGGACCACUUGUAUGUGUAUGAUGGAGACUCAAUUUAUGCUCCCUUACUGGCAGCUUUUAGUGGUCUUAUUGUUCCUGAGAAAGACAGCAAUGAAACAGUACCUGAAGUUGUAGCUACUUCGGGAUAUGCUCUUCUACAUUUCUUCAGUGAUGCUGCCUAUAAUCUCACAGGGUUUAACAUCACCUAUAAUUUCAACGUGUGUCCCAAUAACUGCUCUGGCCAGGGUGAGUGCAGGCUCAACAGCAGCACCAUGGCCCCGCAGUGUGAGUGUGCCGAGCGCUGGAAGGGAGAGGCUUGUGACAUUCCCUACUGCCCGGGGAACUGCGGGGCUCCUGAGAGGGGCCACUGCAGCCUCAACGGCUCCAGAGCGUGUGUGUGCUCUGCAGGCUGGCAAGGUCCUGGCUGUUCAGUUCCUCUUCCUGCAAACCAGUCGUUUUGGACCCGGGAAGAAUACACUCUUCCAAAACUUGCUCGAGCAUCGCACAAAGCUGUCAUCCAUGACAAUAAAAUGUGGAUUGUUGGAGGCUAUGUCUUCAAUCAUUCUGACUCUCAGAAGGUUUUAGCGUAUGAUCUCAUUUCUGAAGAGUGGCUUCCACUGAACAGCUCUGUGAACUCAGUAGAGAUGAGAUAUGGUCAUUCGUUGGCAUUGCACAAGGAUAACAUCUACAUGUACGGCGGUAAGCUGGAUGCCACGGGGAAUGUGAGCAGCCAGCUGUGGGUGUUCCACAUCCCCAGGCAGAGCUGGGCUGUGCUGGCACCCCGGGCCAAGGAGCAGUAUGCUGUGGUGGGGCACUCUGCCCACAUGGUCACCCUGCAGGACAACAGCACCGUCAUGCUGGUGCUCUUCGGGCACUGCCCCCUCUACGGCUACAUCAGCAACGUCCAGGAGUACAACCUGGUGACAAAUACCUGGAGCAUCUUGCAGACGAGCGGAGCUCUGGUGCAAGGAGGAUAUGGUCACAGCAGUGUUUAUGAUCCAAGUACAAGAUCAAUCUAUAUCCAUGGGGGUUACAAAGCAUUUAGUGCCAACAAGUACAGGCUGGCAGAUGAUUUGUACAAAUAUGAAGUGGAUUCUCGCAUGUGGACUAUUCUCAAAGACAGCCGAUUUUUCCGCUACUUGCACACAGCUGUGAUAGUGAGUGGGACCAUGCUGGUGUUUGGAGGAAACACUCACAAUGACACCUCCAUGAGCCACGGAGCCAAGUGCUUCUCUUCGGAUUUCAUGGCCUAUGAUAUUGCCUGUGAUCGAUGGUCUGUGUUGCCUCGCCCGGCUCUGCACCACGAUGUCAACAGGUUUGGGCACUCUGCUGUGCUGUACAACAGCACCAUGUAUGUGUUUGGAGGCUUCAACAGCCUCCUCCUGAGCGACAUCCUGAAGUUCACACCUGAGAGAUGUGAGGCUUUUGGCAACAAGACAUCCUGCCUGGGGGCUGGCCCUGGUGUCAGAUGUGUGUGGGCUCCCCACCCUCCCCGCUGCAUCCCCUGGGAAAAUGCAACACUGGACCAGCAGCAAAAGGUCCUUGAAGACUGUCCUCCCAAGCCAGCUGUAGACAGUGAAAAAUGUGAUCAGAUUACAGACUGCUACAGCUGCACAGCCAACACAAACAGCUGUCAGUGGUGUUCUGACCAGUGUAUCCCAGCACACAACAACUGCACAGAGGAACAGGUUCCUGUUACUCUCUAUGACAAUUGUCCUAAGGAUAAUCCUGCCUAUUACUGUAACAAAAAGACAAGUUGUAAAAGCUGUGCCAUGGAUCAAAACUGUCAAUGGGAACCUAGGAAUCAGGAGUGCAUUGCUUUGCCAGAAAAUAUCUGUGGAACAAACUGGCAUUUGGUUGGCAACUCCUGCCUGAAGAUCACCAACGCCAAGGAGAACUACGAUCAUGCCAAACUGUCCUGUAGGUCCAACGGUGCUUUAUUGGCUUCUCUCACCACCCAGAAAAAGGUGGAAUUUGUUCUGAAGGAGCUGCAGAAGAUUCAGUCUUCACCCAAAACUUUGACUCCAUGGGUUGGACUGAGGAAAAUCAAUGUGUCCUAUUGGUGCUGGGAAGACAUGUCUCCCUUCACCAACACCCUCGUCCAGUGGCUGCCCGAUGAACCCAGUGAUGCUGGAUUUUGUGGAUAUUUAGCUGAGCCUUCCCAACAGGGACUGAAGGCAGCAACUUGUAUCAAUGAGGUCAACGGCACUGUGUGUGAAAGGCCAGCCAACCACAGCGCCAAGCAGUGCCGCACGCCGUGCGCGCUGCGCGCCGCCUGCGCCGAGUGCACCAGCGGCAGCUCCGAGUGCAUGUGGUGCAGCAACAUGCAGCAGUGCGUGGACUCCAACGCCUACGUGGCCUCCUUCCCCUACGGGCAGUGCAUGGAGUGGUACACCAUGAGCAGCUGUCCCCCUGAAAACUGCUCAGGCUACUGCACGUGUGCUCAGUGCCUGGAGCAGCCGGGCUGUGGGUGGUGCACGGAUCCCAGCAACACCGGCAAGGGCAAGUGCCUUGAGGGCUCUUACCGGGGCCCCGUCAGGAUGCCGACCCCAUCCACGCCAGGGAAACACAGCUUGGAGCCUGUUCUCAAUGUCAGCCUGUGUCCUGUGGAGAACAGCUACAACUGGUCCUUCAUCCAGUGUCCAGCCUGUCAGUGUAACGGGCACAGCAGGUGUGUGAACGAGAGCAUUUGUGAGAAGUGUGAGAACCUGACCACGGGCAGGCACUGCGAGACCUGCAUCUCGGGCUACUACGGGGACCCCACCAACGGGGGCACGUGCCAGCCUUGCAAGUGCAAUGGCCACGCAUCCGUCUGCAACACAAACACAGGGAAAUGUUUCUGCACAACCAAGGGAAUCAAAGGAGACGAGUGUCAGCUGUGUGAAGUAGAAAACAGAUAUCAGGGAAAUCCACUUAAAGGAACGUGUUACUAUACUCUCCUCAUCGACUAUCAGUUCACCUUCAGCCUUUCCCAGGAGGAUGAUCGCUAUUACACAGCAAUCAACUUUGUAGCAACACCUGAAGAGCAAAACAGAGACCUGGACAUGUUCAUCAAUGCAUCUAAAAACUUCAACCUCAACAUUACUUGGUCCACAAGUUUUGCAGCUGGUACACAGGCUGGGGAGGAAAUUCCAGUUGUUUCCAGGACUAAUAUAAAAGAAUACAAGGACAGUUUCUCCAAUGAGAAAUUUGAUUUCCGCAACAACCCAAACAUCACCUUCUUUGUUUAUGUCAGCAAUUUCACCUGGCCCAUAAAAAUACAGAUUGCAUUCUCACAGCACAGCAACUUUAUGGACCUGGUGCAGUUCUUUGUGACAUUUUUCAGUUGUUUCCUGUCAUUGCUCCUGGUGGCAGCUGUGGUUUGGAAGAUUAAACAAAGUUGCUGGGCAUCACGACGGAGAGAGCAACUACUACGUGAGAUGCAACAGAUGGCGAGUCGCCCCUUCGCCUCCAUCAACGUUGCCUUAGAAACAGAUGAAGAGCCACCAGAUCUCAUCGGGGGAAGCAUAAAGACUGUCCCGAAGCCAAUCGCGCUGGAGCCCUGCUUUGGGAACAAGGCAGCUGUUCUCUCCGUGUUCGUCAGGUUGCCUCGAGGCCUUGGGGGUAUUCCACCACCAGGACAGUCAGGUCUCGCGGUGGCCAGUGCUCUGGUGGACAUUUCACAACAGAUGCCAAUUGCCUACAAAGAGAAAUCGGGCGCCAUCCGAAAUCGGAAGCAGCAGCCCCCUGCACAGCCAGGAACCUGUAUUUGAUGCAUGGACAUCAGAAACUGUCUAGGGUUUUAAACAAAAUGGAAAAGUGAUACCAAGGAGGAGGAAGAUUUCCAAGUUGUGUCCCAAGAGACUAGAAGCACCCGGAAAAAACCACAACUUCCUUGAACCCAGUUUUUUUCUCUCAUCUACGUGCUAGUUGGCUUUAUUUGACAACUGCUCCACCUAAGUUUUACUGACACAUGGCUUCAGAUUGCUCCUUUGUUUUCUUCAAGGUUAAAGCAAAGUGAUUUCCGUGCAGGUGCGGUGAGGUCCGACGCCGCCACUCCUGGUCAGUGUAAAUACAACAGUAGUCCAAUGAAUGACACUCAGGUUUCUACAUGGAAAGUGCUUUGUAGUUCAUGUAUUUAUCAAACUGUACAAAAAGAAAAAGAUCCAGUGUUUACAGGUGUCAGCUCUCAACACAUAAACACUACUAUUAAUCUUCAAAGCAUCUUCAUUCUUUGUUUUCAUUUAAUAUGUAAUUGUUCCCUCAUUAUUUCAGUGGAACUCUCUUCCAGGCACAGCCUUUUUGUAGUCAUCAUGGUCCAGGAAGGCAAAAGCUGGGAUGGUUUAAAGGUUGAUGUUGCUCAGACCACAUGAAAUAACUGGAAAGUUGGAUGUUGCUUUGGAAAGACUCAGUGUUUACAUAGUCUUAUCCUGCUUGGAGUACACCACACACAAGUGCCUAGACGUGAACAGAUCUAGGAGUGAGGAGACUGCUACACAUGCUGCUUUUUAACAUAAUUAAAUUCUUUUAAAGGUAUGUAUACUCACAUCUAGAGUCACCCAAGGCACUCUGUGUCCUCUGUGCCGUGCAGUCAGACAAAAAUUGCAUUUUCCUGACCAAGCAGAUGCUCACCCAGGUGCAAAUGCCGGGAAGGCACGUAGAGUUUCAGUAUCCCAUAAGAAAACUCCCAGUUUCACCAGCAUUUUCAUAGAAGCAGUCUGUGUUCCAGUCAGACACAUCACGUUUUUCUGAUUUUGGCCCCUUUCUUCCCCCUUCCCUCUCGCCAUCCUCUGGAUGAGAGCUGAGCUUGGAGGCAUUGCUCCUCAGUGGUUAUGGUUUGCUCCAUCUUCUUACAAAGUGUAAAAAGCAACGCUCUGGGUGCCAGAUCACUUGAGGAUGAAGUAAGAAAAGAACUUUAAAUAAAAAUCAAGCAGAGCAGCUUUGUUUUGCCACAGGUUUGAGUUCUACACGAUCGGAUCCUGGUAUUUCCUGUUGAGCUUGAGCUCUGUUAGAGGUUGAGGAAGUUGCUGGCUGGUGAAAGGAUGAGACUUGCAAGCAGCAAAGAGAAGGUUUGGUGCUUGGGGGGUGCAUCAAACCAUCUGAACUGCUCUGACGAGCUGGGAUUGUGGUUUGAGGCUCAGGGUUGGACUGAGCCCGCCCAUCUGUGUGUGGUGGUGUCCAGUGUGCCCCUGGAAUGCGGCACAGGGCCACACGGCGUGGUGGGCUGCAGCUGGUGGGAAGGGCUGGUGGAGGUGCCAAACGAGGGGUGUGGUUAUGGUUCCAUCACAGGCAUCGUGGAUUCACCCGGGUCACUGGGCUGGCGGGUUCUCUUGAGGACAUCUGAUACUUGAUAAAUGGAGAAGUAACACGUGGAAGGGAAGUGCUCUUGGGUCUGCCCAGGCAGCACCUUUCCAAACUGAAACCCAAAUAACUGCUCCUUUUUUGUGUGUGUUCUGGUGAUCAGUCACACAUCAGCCAUUGAUUCCUGGGGUGUUUUUUUCCUAACCAUGUAUUUUGAAGAAGCUCUUUGGAGCCUGGCAGCAUUGCAAUAAAGGGGUGGAUUGCUGUGUGUGUCCAGACAGUGGUGAUGGGAACAGCCUGAUGGCUUAAGGACUGUGGUGGAUGAUAAUUCUGAUUUAAUGUGUCAUUUAACAAGUGCAAUGGGACUGAAAUAAAAUAUUUGGACUGCAGAAAAAUAUUGGGAAAAAAUGCAUUAUAUAUACAAAUAUAUAUAAAUGCAUCUGUUUCUAAACUAGAAGUUUCAGUGCUCUGUGGGGAAAAGGAAUUAUGAUUGGAAAAGUGUUGAGAUUUGUCUUAGAAUGAAGGGAUUCAGGCAAUUUAAGUUUUACCUGAUGCACGGAUUACCUCAGACAGAUUCAUCUCCUGCUAAUAUUUUCUAACUUGCUCAGUGAUAGGGUUAAUCUGUACUGGAGAAAUAAGACUGGACUAAAGUCCCUCCCCUGUGUAUUUUCAGCCACAAUGCACAUCCUGAUGUUUGCAGAUUUCUUCUUGCUGCUUUUGGGAGGAGAACUGCCAGCCCAGAUGGUGAAAGCCCCUGUGCUUGAGUUUCCCUCUUCAGGACAGCUCUUGGGCAGGUGCUUAAAGUUGUUGGGCUGUCCUGAUCACAGACAGCUUUCAGAACCGUAGGCCUGGAGGGGUGAUAGAUUUUUACUUUAAUAAAAAGACAUAAAUACAGAGUUUGGGAUGUUUUCUCACUCCUGGAGAGCUGGGCUGUCUGGUCUGCAAAGCCUGCAGUAUGCCAGGAGUGUGGCCAAAAUGAGGUGUCAGAUACUGAAAAAGUGAGCAAAAAUGAUCAGUCAAGGUUUAUCAGAACCAAAAGAUGUAAAUAGAGCAACAAGAAUUACUUAUGUAACUAAAAGGAACUGGCUCCUUUAGGAUGUAGCUCUGCCCUGCAUCUGAUCUCCAUCCUGAUGAGGGAGAAGAGAACUCUCAUACAUAGCUCUGCUGCAGUUUCAUCCCAGCUUAGAGGUAAACAGGGAAAAACAAGGGAAAGGAUAGGGGAAAGAGGAAUUGCUGGCAGUUUAUCACCAGGCCAGUAUCAAAAGUGAAGGAUUUUUGGGUUUAUUUCAUUUGGAGGUGAGGUGGGGGAGAAAGAACAACCUUAUUUCAUGGGAGAAUCUGUAAAUAAAUGACAAAUGGCACACAGAUUUUGCACUUGUACAUAAACUCUACAGUAACGUGCAGAACAUGGAGAGAUUUAAAGUGUAUAUAAACCAGAAAAAAUAUUGAAUGUAUUUUUGAUGAUUUUAAGUUAUGUAUGAGUUUUGUCUUAAUAACUCCUUCAUCUGAUCAGUAGUAGAUAACUUUCCAGAGCUUUAAACACCAGAUUAUAUCAUGAUGUCUUGCAAAGCAGGGAGGCGUAACUUGACUUUUGUGUGUUCAAAUGUAUUUCACUUAAAUGUAGAAACCAAGUUAAAUAUUGGCUUUUCCAUUUGAAAGGGGAAAAGCAACAUUUGGAUACAAGUAAUAAAGGUCCUUAUAGUGGUCACUGCGUGGAGGAUUAAAUCAGUAGUUUAAGGCUUUUGUUACUAAAAUUGUGGCAGUGUUUCCGUUCAAAAUCACUAUUUUCAGGUGUUUGUAACUGGCUGAAAUUCAGCAUUCGACAUCUUGACCCUCAGAAGAUUUUCAUUCUCUGAGAGGAGCCUUUAAAAAAAUUAGUACUGAAAUUUCAGAACUGUUGGGGCCCUUUUAUUCGAGAAAACAAUGGUGCCAGUGGAUCUCCAAACAGCACUUUUUUUUUUUUUAAAUAUUCCCCAUUUUCCAUGGUUUUUAGCCCAGAAUUUUCUCUGGGCUGGUGUAGCAUGACCUUGCCACACUCUGGCUCAAUACUUUGGAUACAAGAAUAUUUAUGAGACACAACUUUUCAGUUGUUCCUAUCACUUUCUCUGGGCAUAAAAUGCAUUGUAGUGAAAUUACCAAAAUAAAGCAGGCAUGGGGAAAUGCCUGCAAUUGACAUCAAGCCAUGGCAUAUAAUGUCCCAAAUUCAGAGGUGCGUUUCCGUGGACGUGGCAGCCUGUGCUGGCAGAUCCACGCUCCUGAGGGUAUUUGUGUCCUGGAGGGUGCCCAAAGCUCCAGUUCUCUGCAGGGAAGGUGGCCGAGGUCCCCAGGCCCUGGGUUCUGGGAUGGCUGCAAAUGGCACUCGGCUUGCUCGGCCCUGCCUGAGCUGAAGGGAGGGUUUGAGGCUGAAAUCAAAUUUGGGCCUUUUCCACAACCCCUGGGGCUCCAGUGCCGUGUGGCUGGGCUGCCCCUCCGUCCUCCUGCUCCAGGUGUUCCAGCUGCUUUUCCUUCUCCAUGAGACCCUGAGCUGGGGACAGCACCAGCGGCACCUGGGAGCCCUCAGCCCCUUCCCGCUGGAAACGGGGAUUUGUUGGUAUUAUAUUGAUAUUAAACUGCGCUGUGAGAAAGCAGCGAGCAGGCUCUGCGUGCCCCGAGCAGCUCCUCGGCCCCUCCGGGUCUCUCCAUCUGGGAGCAGCAGGGAAGGGAGGAAGGGCUGCCGUGGCAGAGCUCCGGGAGCUGCUGUGCUGGGAAGCUGCUCCCCAGCUGCUGGGGCUGCGGGAGGGAGGGAAGGGAUGGCUUGGGGCGUGCUCCUCAUUCUGGGGUGUGUUCUCUGCAAUUUUAGACAAAUUCCUGCUUUUUCUGUUGUAGCUGCUGAAACGAGCUGAGUUUCCAUGCCAGGACUACUACAAUAUGUGUAUCUGCUGACUUUUUCUGCAUCAGGGCAGGUUUUGUUCAGUCUGUUUCUUUGUUCACACAGACUAUUUGUGUGCGUCUUCCAGGUACUAGAAUUCUUUAGACAUUUCCUCUCCAUUUAGUAUUGAUUCCACAAACCUCACCAGUAGAAAAAAAAAGAAAAAAAAAAAACCACAAUUGUUGCAGAGUCUAUCACAUGUCAGUCCAUUAAAAAAAAAAAAGAAAAAAAUAAAAGAAAAAAAAGAGUUUUAUAUUACUCUGGAAUUUGUGCACAAUAAAUGUUCUUUAAACUAAGAUCCUUGAAUUAAUUGUAUUCUGGAUUUUUCCCUCUUUGUUCUGUAAUUAUUUAUGAUUCUUAUCUGUGUUCAGACUUGAGCUUAGUUUGUUAAUAUGUAUAAUUUAGCAUUUAUUGCAUUCAUAUGUAAAUAGGAGCAAGUAUUGUAAACUAUUUCAUUGCUGGGGUUGUGGGUGUUAUACAUACACACAUUUAGGAUUGCAGUUUUUUGGUAUAAUUUUUUGUAUUGUAAAAUAACAGCUAAUUUAAAGCCGGAACGAGAAAAUUCUUGGGAGGUGUGUGCAUUUUAAAUACAAAUGUGAAGUACAUGUAUAUAAAUAAAAGUAAAUAAUGCAAAUCUUUCCUCUGAAAUAAAAAGUAGAUGAUCUGGU